CCCGAUGCCUCUACAUACUGCCCCCUUGUAUAUGUCUUCUUGCUUGUUGCUUCUACGCAUGAACUGUGGCCGAAUCCUAAUGACCAGUACAAAUUAGCUCGUACGAGUCUUCGCGGUCACCGGUUAAUGACGAUUAAUCCUUUGCCGAGCUGAUUUUCUACGCCCAUGGAUGUGGCACGGCCACGCAGAAUUCGCCCGGCGCGUGCGACAGCGUUGGCUUUUGCGAUUUCAAAGGGACGGCACGGCAGUAGUAGGCACGAUGCUACAUCGUCUUUCACCUGCCACCGAUGGGCGAUAGGCAGGAAAUCAAAGCUGGAAUGGAUCGAAGCUUUGAGAGGCUUUCUUGGGGGAAUCGUUGGAGUUGGAGUUGGAGUUGGAGUUGGAGUUGGAGGGGUGUGCAGGGAGAUUUGGAUCGGACCAGCAAAGCAGAUUCCUUUGCCUCCUCCAGCUUAUUUUAUUCGGAGUAGUUUUUGUCCACCGGAGAGCUUGGUCGCAUCAAUCAUAGUCAUAGCAGUACUUCUUUAUCAUAUACUCCUACUUUCAUAUGCAAUUUCGUCAUCAGAGAUUUCAGCUUCGUAGUCAUAUGCAAUUUGCAAACGCAGAGACGAUAUGAUUAGCCAUUGGCCAGCUAAACCUAAUGUCCCAGUGCCCACAGAAAAUCCGGACAGGGCCGGCCGCUCCGGCCAUGCGGCAACUUCCAUGUACUUGGCAGCGAGACGGUGAAUCGUAGUGGGGUGGCGCCCACAGGCAUGGAAUGGAAUGACGCUCGUGGUGGAUGCCAGAUCAAACAAAAUUGACGCCUUCUUUCUUUUCCUACCCUGGACUGGGCAAAAAGACGACAGAGCGGCAACCUCAGUGAGAAACCCGGCCGUUUGGAACCGUAAAAAAAAAUUCAAAAAAACGUGUAGUAGUAGUAGUAAUAUUUGCCAUUCCCUUUUAUUUAAACCGUUUAGCCUGGUUUGGUUCGGCUUCAACCGUACAAGAUUUUGGUAUUUAGCUGAAGUCACCCGAGAAGUGUCGUUCAUGGGCGUCCAGUCAAAUCUUGGGCAGUGAGUUUGUGCAAAAUUCACAUGUUUUGGGUCCAGGGUUUUGGCAAACUUUGGGCACCUCGGUUCAUGUGGUAGGUAAUUACUUAAUUUUUUUUUUUUAAAAAAGUACAGAGGUAACAGAGGCGCGCUGUCCCUGUUCCUCCUCUGUCCUCUCGUCUUCCCUGGUCCAAUGGCUUUGGCAGAGGGCCCGGCACGAUAUCCCUGCUCCCCUGUCGCAUGGCUAGGGCUGCCCGAUUUGUGCAACUGGGCCACUGGGGCGGCUAGCGGAGAAGAAGAGGAAAAAUCCACUACCACUCUAGCAGGCGCUUGCUGUUCAAUGCCCCUACCGGCCGCCGCUGCAGUGCUCCGUCCACUAGCCGACUAGCGGGUAGGCGGUAGCCACCCUCCCACGCGGAAGAUGGCCGGACUCGUUUGACCUUCCCCUGCCUCGCUUGUCCCAAAAAAGGCCAAAGCCAGACAGCGAUGCUCGCUUGCCGGCACGCGGGCGUGCCUAGGAAAAGAAGAGCCGCCGGCGAGCUCAUGUGACCGAGGCAGAGGGUCAUGGCGAUGGGGACUGGCCACGGGGGGCGGCAGCCACUGGAGAAGCAGCGGGGGCUGGAGACGAAGACGGCGGCGGCCGGGUCGUCUGCAGCGGAGGCGAAAAAACCGCGCCGGGUCUGGCCCGCCGCGCUGAUGGCGUGCUUCCUCGCUGUCACGGCCGUCCUGCUCCUGCAGCGGUGGCGGACCGACGCCUCGCCGGAGUGGCUCUACCAAGUCGAGCGCCCCGCGGAAGACGACCGAGAUAUACAAGAUGAUAUGAUGGAUGAUAUGUCUCCAUCCCCACAUAUUAUGUAUGAUAGACUUCUGGGUGGCCUUCUGAUUGAGGGAUUUGAUGAAAAAUCAUGUAGAAGCAGGUAUCAGUUUGCACGCUAUCACAAGUCACCAAACAUACCUUCACCAUACCUCAUUGAGAAGUUAAGGAAACAAGAAGCGUUGCAGAAAAAGUGUGGUCCAGGCACCAAAGCAUACAGGGAAGCCUCCAAGCAGCUGAGGUCCGGUCAGAGCAUCAAUAUGACAGAUUGCAAUUAUCUGUUACUGACCAUCCAUGCUGGCAUGGGGAAUCGGAUGCUUGAGAUCACUUCAGUGUUCCUAUAUGCGCUACUUACAAACAGGAUUUUGCUUGUGGACCGGUAUAAGGAGAUUGGUGACCUUUUCUGCGAACCCUUCCCUGGAACCUCAUGGUUAGUCCCUUCAGAUUUCCCUCUGAACUAUGGUGAGUUUACUCAGAGUAGUCCAGAAAGCUAUGGCAACAUGCUGCAGAAUAAAGUUUUCGGUGACAAUACAGAGAGAUCUUUGGCUGGUACUAGACCUCGCUAUGUGUUUCUCUACCUUGAUGGUAACUGUGGUUUCCAUGACAAACUUUUCUACUGCGAAGACGACCAACAGUUCCUGCAAGGUGUUCCAUGGCUGAUUAUAAGAACAGACAUGUACUUUGUGCCGUCCCUGUUUCUAAUUCCAGCUUUCCAAGAUGAACUCAGCAGGCUAUUUCCAGAGAAAGAUACUGUUUUCCAUCACUUGGCGCGCUAUCUUUUUCAUCCAACAAACAAUGUUUGGUAUUCGGUUACAAAAUACUACCGGUCCUACCUUGCCAAAGCCGAAAAAAGAGUGGGAAUUCAGAUCAGAAUAUAUGAAACCAAGGGCAUCUUGCAAAGAAAUGGCCCGUUCCCACACAUUUUGAAUCAGAUCCUUUCAUGUGCACAGAAUCAGAAGCUCCUGCCAGAAAUCGCCAUGACAGAGGGAGCAGCAGCUGAAACUCAGAAUAAGGGAGCAGCAGCUGAGACUCAGAAUAACCGAACGAUUGCCGUUCUAACUACUUCUUUGAGCUCUUGGUACAGUGAUCAGAUCCAGAAGAAGUACGAUGAACACCCAGCAGUUGAUGGCACUACUGUCGAAGUGCACCAGCCGAGUCACGAGGAGUACCAGAGGUCAAGGAAUAAGAAGCACAACAUGAAGGCACUUGCCGAGAUCUAUCUACUGAGCAUGACCGAUGAACUAAUCACCAGUGGGUUUUCCACGUUUGGGUACGCAGCUCAGGGGCUUGCUGGCCUGAAGCCAUGGAUCAUGUUCAGGUCGGAGAACCACAUGGUGCCAGACCCACCGUGCGGCCGUGCCAUGUCCAUUGAACCGUGCUUCCACCAGGCUCCCUUCUAUGACUGCAAGGCGAAGAGGGACACUGACUUGGGCAAGGUGUUGCCUUACGUGAGGCACUGCGAGGACGUGAGCUGGGGGCUGAAGAUUGUAAAUCAAACUCAGUUGUAGCUGUAACUUUUGUCAGGACUCAGGACACAUCACACAUUUGCUCGCUAACUAGGACAGAAUUCUUUUUUUUUUUGUUGUUUCAAAAGAAACUAUACGGAUGUAUUCUUUAUUUCUCUCUCUCCUGUAUUUGAUCCAAGUGUAGAUAGUUGAUAAACAUGCCCAUUGAUCUGUUCACUCUCUGAUUUCAAAAAGAAAAGGAAAGGAAAAAAUAUGUUUACUGUCUGAUCAUUGA